AAGAGGUCUUCAUUCUCCUAGUGUCAGAGUCGUCCUCCACGUUUCUACAACCACGUUUCACUCGUCGAAGUCUUCAUCCUCGAGACUCCAUCCUCUAGACUCCAUCCUCUGGACUUCAUCCUUUAGACUUGAGAGCAAGUGCAAUAUGCAUAUCUCCACUAUUGGCCUACUGACUAUUCUUCUCCCUACCAUUGCGGUAGGAGCAAUAUUGGAAUCUAAAUCAUGGAAAGAUUUUGAAUCCAUGAUGACGAAAGGUGGCACGUAUUGCUUGUUGCUUGUUUGGAAGAUUCAUUUGAACGAGAACUUAGAUUUUCUUAAGGUUCCUUGCGAUAAAUAUCCAUCUGUCAAAUGCUUCUAUGGACUUGAAGGUGCGACCACUCAAGAAUCGACUUCUUUUGAUCUACAUUUCAAUAACAUAGCAAUUCCUGCAUUUGCUUUCUUCAAGGAUGGUAAACAGGUAAAAAUGUUUGAUAGGAAAACGUCCAUAUAUGAGACUGAAAUUGAAGCGGAAAUGAAAGCCUUGCAGUAAUGUUUCCACCAGCUACAAUGUUUCAUUGGAAGAAUAGAAUUAUCAUCCAAAAUACCAAUGUGGGAAUUGUUUGUUUGUUUGUGUUGCUCUAUAUUUCUCCUGGACUCUCUCUUCCAUGAAUCAAUAGUAAAGCUGGCUUUUACCUCUUGUGUUAAUCAUCUAUGAAUUAUUUUCAUCUAUUGCAAUAAUAGCUUUUAUAUUCUAUUACUGGAGCUACAAAAACUGCUGGUUUCUAUUGUCCCAUAAUGGGUUCUAUUAUAUCAUAAUAACUAGCGGGUAACCCGUGCCUCACAAGGAUCUAAUUUCAAAAUUAACAAAAUGAAAACUUGACAAAAGAAGAAGAAGAAGGAUGAAAAUGAGGAGAAGGAGGAAGAGGAGGAGGAGAUGAAGAAGAAGAAGAAGGAGAAGAAAAAGAAGAAGAAGAAGAAGAAGAAGAAGAAGAAGAAGAAGAAGAAGAAGAAAAAGAGGAAGAGGAAGAAGAAGAAGAAGAAGGAGAGGAUGAAGAAGAAGAAGAAGAGGAAGAAGAAGAAGAAGAAGUAUCUACAUUUCUAAGAUCGUAAUAGCAUGACAGAAACAGGCAGUUUUCAUAGCUGCAGAAAAGAAUAUGGAAGCAAUUAUAUUGCAAUUAAUGAAAAUAGCUUAUAGAUGAAAAUUAUUAUAUUAUAAUAUUGGGUUUUGUGUGAAAUAAUCUACUUUCCACUGUGUGGGAUGUUGAUUGAAUAAAUAAUCUAUUAUCUGAGUA